CCUCAGGUGCUGGCUGCCCCCUGGGGCUGGCCAGAGCAGGGCUGGCCAAUGCCCAUCCCUGUGCAGUGGGGCUGGGCCGUGGCUGGGCCCCACACUUGGAUGGCCAGUGGCUUCCAGGAGGAGGAGUUGGGGAGCUCCUUCCUGCCUGGGGCUCCAUUCCCCAGCUGCUCCUGCCGGCUCAGACCCUGCAGGGGACAGGCGAGAAUGGAAAAGUCUGGAACCGUCCUGGAGCUGCCAUUCCCCAGGACAGGACCCCCCUGGCUGGGACGUGUCCCCCUCUGGGACUGGACCCCCCAGGACAGGACUCCCCUGGAUGAGCCCUCCCAGGACAGAACCCAUCCUCGUGUGACCAAAGCACAAACGGCCUCUUCCUUCUGCUGCAGGAGAGAGGAAGUGAAAGUGUUGGUGUGCACAGCCGGACACCCCCAUCCCCCACAGCCCCCAAAUAUCCUCCUACAGCCCCAGAACCCACUUUCCCCUUCCCCAGUGUCCCCCCAACUCAUUCCCUGCUCAGGAGCUACCCGGGAUCAUUGAGCCACAAACUGAGAGAUGCGAAACUGAGGGGAAAAGGAAGGAAAUGGAAAUGAAGAGAGGGAAAAGCCCCUGAGCUUCAGGGGGGACACAACCCCAGAGCCCCUCAGAAUCUGGCUGAGCUGAGCCCCCAGACCACGAGCACCUUGAGUGGGCUGUGCUGGGCUCUGGGUUACCCCAAAAUCUGAGGCACCCAGGGAAGGAGCUGCAGCCCACGGGCCCACCCAGCCACUGCCCAUCCCUGGGACCCUCAUGCCCCUGGGAACUCAGCAUUGGGAUCCCCAUUCUUUAUGUUCCCCCUCCCUGGGAGCCCCAUCCAAGGACUGCCACUCCCUAAGACCUCCAUGGCCCCAGACCCCCAUUCCCGAGGAAUAUUCUCUCCAAAUUCUAUCACCUAUAAUCUCCUUUCACGUUCCAGGAACUUGAUUCUCCUGGCACCUCCACCAUUCCCAUGUAACCCCCCAUUUUCCCUCACCUCAUCCCCAGGACCCACCUCCCAUGUCCCCAAAUCCUUGGAUCCCACGUUCCACUGGCACUCCUACCCCUGAGUCCCCCCAUUGCUGGGAUCCCCAUUCCCCUGGACAUCCAUCCCUGGCUCCCCAAACUCCUGAGUCCCCCACUCCUGAGAGCCCCAUGUCCCACCAUGUGCCACCCAGCAUUGUCCCCAGCCUGUCCCCACCCUGUCCACAGCCCAUCCCCAGCUUGUGGCCACCCUGCCCCCACCAGGGGCCACCUACUCGUGGGGACGAGCUGUGACCUUUCUUCCUUCCUUUUUGUCCAAAGAACCGCCACCCAGGGGACAGCAGCUCCUGGCAGCAUGUGACAGCCAGCCUGGAUGGCCGGGGACAUGGGGAUGACCGGGAAAGUGGCACUGCUCCUGUAGGCCCAGACCCUCGGCCUUGCUGGUGAGUCCUCGGGGGAUGCCAUGUCCCUGCCCCACUGUCCCCAGCCCCGUGGUGGCCCUGGCAGGCAGGUGUCUCCUGUCACCUGCAGGCACCCAGACCACCCAGCUCCUGGUGGAGCCCCCCUGGACACCAGCAGUGCAGUGGGACUGGGUGACACUGACCUGCCAGGGCUCGGGGACCACCGGUGCCACCACCUGGUACAAGGACGGGCAGUGGUGGGGGCAGAACAGAGGAGACAAUGUCACUGACACCGAGAGUGGUACCUACAGGUGUGACAGACCCAGCAGUGGGCUCAGCCCCCCCGUGACAGUCUUACAAGAUCUGCUGGUGCUGCAGGUGCCAGCACGGCCAGUGCUGGAGGGGGACACGGUGACACUGUGCUACCGGAGCUGGCGGGACCUGUCUGUCACCGGGGUGAGAUUUUACCAGGAUGAGAAGGAUCCAGGAGGGUCCCUCAGGGGAACCGAGCUUUCCCUGCCCCCUCUGGAGCUGAACCACAGUGGCCGCUACCACUGCAGGGGUUUGAUGAACUCCAAGCUGUCAAUGUGGGCACAGUCAGCACCUGUGACAGUGACAGUGGAUGAGCUCUUCUCGGUGCCGGUGCUGGAGGGUCCCACUGAGCCCAUCAAGGGCUCCCCCCUCAAUCUCAGCUGCCUCAGCACCCCCAGCCCCCUGCGGCCUGGAGCCCCCCUCCUGCACCUCUUCUACCGGGACGGGCAGUUGGUGGGGGGCCCACAGUGGUCUCGAGAGCUCCUGGUGCCCGCCGUGGGGGUCUCCCACUCGGGGAAUUACAGCUGCCAGGUGCGCUCAGUGGAUGGGACUGUGCAGAAGAGCAGUGCCCGGCUCGGCGUCACGGUGCGCAUGCCCGUGGCCAAUGCCACCAUCACCCCUGGUCCCCUGUCACACCAGGUGCACACAGGUGACCCCGUGACCCUGCGCUGCUCAGUGCAGGUGGGCUCAGCCCCUGUCACCUUCACCUGGCUGCACAACAGGCAGGAGGUGGCCUGGGGUCCUGUACUGGAGCUUGGAGACGUCACUGUGGGACACUCGGGCACCUACCAGUGCAUGGCCACCAACCAGCUGGGACAGGAUGGGCACCGCGUGUUCCAGACACUCAGCCCCGAGCUGGCCCCGGAGGUGACACCACAAGGACACUGGAACACAGCAGUGGCCACUGGGGUUGGCGGGUCCCUCCUCUUCCUGGUUCUGCUCGUGGGUGGAGUUGUUGGCUGGUGCCGGUGGAACCACAUGGCUGCCACGAAGCACCAGGAAAGGGCCCCCCCGGAUCCCCCAGCCCCCUCAGAGGAGGGGGAGGUGCUGUACACCCACGUCGUGAGCACCAAGCAGAUGUGGGCGUCCCCCCGUGCCACCACACUCCAGGAUCCCCCGGUGACCUACGCGGAGCUGCGGGGACCCCGCGGGAAACUGCGGGAACUCAGUGACAUCCACAGGAACGUGCUGUGACACUCGGGGCACGGGUGGGCACUGGGGGGCUCUGGGGGAACUGGGGGGCAGUGGAGGACCCCACCCAUGGGCAGCCACACGUGAGUCCCACCCACUGCUCCCGUGGGUGCCCAACAUUCACGGGUAGGUGGGCACAAGUGGGGAUCACGUGUGGGGCUGAACAGGGUGCCCAGAGCUCCCCAUGCCCCCAGAA